AGAAGUAGAUUUCUCUUGUUUCGGAUUUGCUUGAUGUGGCGCUUUAGCUGUUAGCAGCCACGUUGGGUGCAUAGAUAUGGGUAACUCAGACAUAGGGGUAAAUGUUUUUGUGUGGAGGGUGUAGUCUCGUUUAACUCUCCUUCGUGUCGUAGAUUAUAGUGGACAGUACAGUUGUCUUUUAAGCUCCUUUGCAUGUCAUGCUGCCGCAAGCAAACGGGGUCUAGCUAACGCCAAUGUACAGCUUCCUCUAAUUUUCCUAACACUCGUCGCUGUCUUCCUGAUCAGCUGUGUUUAUUUUUCACUCCAAGCCGAGGCGUCUAUAUUCAAACAGAGGUCCGCCCCGUCGGUGCAUUUUGAGUCUUGCCAGAAGAAGCUACAGCAAACGUAUUCUUGCCCUUCACCCUAAAGCAGCUGUAGCAGAGGAAAGAAAACACCGGUACUUAAAGCAUUCCCAGCAACCACUGCAAUACUGAGGAACCGGUCACUUGCUUGUCCAAUCAGAAGAUGGAAUAACCAUCAAAACUGUUAUCGACCCUUCAUCUCCCCUCUUAUCAUCCACCUGUUGGGGCCCUGGAGACACCUAGGUGGGAGGCACGAUGCCAGGUGGUGGGCAGACGGGCAAGCACUCACUGUGGUACCUCUUGUCACCGUUCAGCACCCGCCAGGAGCGAGUGGUGCUGACCCGCAGUGAUAGCCUGCCAGGGGAACAGGUACUGAAGAUCACGGUCACAGAGACCACAGUGAUUGAGGCAGGCUCUGGGGUGUGGAACUUGCGCUCCCUGACCUACCUGGGCUUCUGGUACUUCUUCAGUUUCUGCACCCUGUUCCUCAACAAGUACAUCUUGUCACUGCUGGAGGGGGAGCCUAGCAUGCUGGGUGCUGUUCAGAUGCUCUCCACCACACUCAUUGGCUGCCUAAAGAUGUGUAUCCCCUGCUGCCUGUACCAGCACAAGGCCAGAAAGGAGUACCCCCCCAACUUCAUCAUGAUCAUGUUGUUUGUUGGACUCAUGAGGUUCGCCACAGUGGUUCUGGGCUUGGUGAGCCUGAAGAAUGUGGCAGUGUCAUUCGCAGAGACAGUGAAGAGCUCAGCACCCAUCUUUACUGUCAUCAUGUCCAGGCUGAUCCUUGGAGAGUACACAGGGCUCUGGGUGAACCUGUCUCUGUUCCCAGUCAUGGCUGGCCUGGCCCUCUGCACAGCCACUGAGAUGAGUUUCAACAUGCUCGGCUUCUCCGCUGCUCUCUCCACCAACAUCAUGGACUGCUUGCAGAACGUAUUCUCCAAAAAACUGCUAAGUGGAGACACGUACAGGUUCAGCCCUCCAGAGCUGCAGUUCUACACCAGUGCAGCAGCAGUCAUGAUGCUUAUUCCUGCUUGGACGUUCCUUCUGGAUAUUCCAGUGAUUGGGAAGAGCAGACGGAGCUUCACUUUCAAUCCAGACAUUAUCCUAUUGCUGCUUUUCGACGGUGGCCUCUUCCACUUGCAGAGUGUCACUGCCUAUGCACUCAUGGGACGGAUAUCCCCUGUUACCUUCAGUGUCGCCAGUACUGUCAAGCACGCCCUUUUGGUGUGGCUGAGCAUCAUCAUAUUCAGUAACCAGAUCACCAUCCUCAGCGCCACCGGAACCGUCUUUGUGUUCAUCGGAGUCUUCUUGUACAACAAGGCUAGGCAGUUCCAAAGGGAAUCCUUGCAUGCCAUGGCUACUGAGCAGAACUACACACCACUGCUGCAGGACCAGAACCAUGCUGCUCCAUCUCACUGAGGACUGGGCCCCCAAAUCAUGCUACUUGAAAUGGGAUUAGGGGUUUAUUAACAAAAUUGUUCGCUUACCUGUGGUUGUUCAGACGGAAUAACUGGAUAUUUGUUUGUUUUCCACCAUGUACACAUUCUAGAUGAGAGGAUACACUCAUGUUUUGUUUUUUUUCAGGUUCAGUUCAGUUGAUUCUUGCAACUUAAAGGAUAAGGUCAGUCAUUUUCUAUAUUAGCAGUAUUUUCAGUGUGUCAGUUCUGGAUCAGCUUCUUUGUCUGUACCACAGACCUCUGUUGUUGUUCAGAAAUGAUUAACAACACAUCAGUGAAACACAUUGCUGCACUGGGUGAUGUAUUUCUUCAUUAACAAACCCCCAUCCAAGUGUGAGGAGCUCGCAGACUGUAAACAAAGCAUAGAGCUCACACAAGAUCUUACACGUGCACAGUUGACUCUGGCUUGUGCUAAUUUCGGGAAAUUAUGGCCACUCAGACAUUUUGGGGCAACUGUUGAGUCUGGGGUUUCUUAAUGGGAAAAAGUUUCCCUGACGUGUUUUUAAUCUUUGAACGACAACGAAGAUCUAUUGCACAGACAAACAAGCUAAUCUAGGACUGACAGCUG